GGGGCCAGCACGAGCCAGCCAACCCAGCAAGGCACAGCUAUACUCAAGCAGAAGUUCUUGAACUCAUACAUCAUGUCUCAGACUGCCAAGUCCGCCUCCAACCAAGGCACCGAUGCCAAGGACAAGGGAGCUCCUGCCCCUGCUGCCACUAGCAAGGCCUCCAAGACCGGAGAUCCUGGAAUGACGGGCAACUACAGAAUCUUCCUGUUCGACCAGGAGAACUUCCAGGGCAGGAUGAUGGAGGUCCAAAACGAGUGUAUGAACGUUUGUGAACGCGGAAUGGACAGAGUCCGCAGUAUCAUUGUUGAGUGCGGCCCCUUUGUUGCCUUCGAGCAGACUAACUUCCGUGGUGAGAUGUUCAUUCUGGAGAAGGGCGAGUAUCCUCGCUGGGACACCUGGUCAAACAGCUACCGCAGUGAUUGUCUCAUGUCCCUCAGACCCAUUCGCAUGGAUCCCAUGGAGCACAAGAUCUGCCUGUAUGAGCUGUCCGACUUCAAGGGCAACAAGAUGGAGAUCCAGGAGGAUGAUGUGCCAACCCUGUGGGCACAUGGCUUCUGUGACAGAGUGGGCAGCGUGAGGGUUCCUGGUGGAGCUUGGGUGGGAUACCAGUACCCUGGCUACAGAGGCUACCAGUAUCUGUUUGAGUGUGGCGACUACAGACACUACAACGAGUUUUGCGCCUUCCAGCCUCAGAUUCAGUCCAUGCGCCGUGUGAGGGACAUGCAGUUCCACCAGCGUGGCUGCUUCAAUCUGACCGCCGCUAAACAGUAAACUAACCUCGCUGCGGUCUUGUAGCAUAGCGAUUAGCCUUCUCAUGGCGCUUCCCUCGCUGCGGUCUUGUAGCAUAGCGAUUAGCCUUCUCAUGGCGCUUUUUAUCCCACUUUCCUUCCCCCCUUUCUCUGACUUCUCUCCUCAGAAUAGAUUCAUUUAAAUUGUUCCGGACAUCUAACUGACUUUUUAUGAUGCCAAUAAUAAACAUGUUUUGGAAAAACAAA